UCGCCGAGAAAUUUGACAACUAAUAGAGCAGCCACAGUUUUUGGGUAGCCCUGUGUACCGACGCGUUACAGCAAAAAUACCACAAAGUCUUUGCGAAAAGUCUGUGUUCAGAGAAUAACCAGCCGAAUAGGAUCAUUUUGAGCAUCUACAGAAGCACUAAGAACCGAGAUCAACAUGAGGAAUCGUACUGAAUUGAAGACAACCACAAUUGAGGGGUCAGACUAUGAGGAGGAGGUGUCGGACGCUGAUGAUUCGGAGGAAGAUUGGCAGCCGGAGAAAGAUGGUGAUGCUGCUGCUGCGGCAGGAAAGAAGAAGGUUGGUAAAGUAGCGCCCCAGAAGAAGGCGACACCAGGAAAGCGCAAAGCACCGGCUGCAAAGGCUGGAAAAGCCACCAAGGGGAAGAAAGCAAAGAAGGAAAGCUCCGACGAUGAUGAUGGCGAUGACGAUGAUGACAUUGAGGAUGAGUCCGAUGAGGAAUUCCCCAGUGAUUCUGAGGAAUCCGAAGAAGAGGUGAAGAAUGGGGAUGGGACAAAGAAGAAGCGCCCAGCAAAGAAGGAAGGUGCCGAUCCCAAUGGCGUCUUUACGCUCUAUGUGAAGAAGAUGGAUCUCAAGAAUGGUCUCAAUGAGCAACAGAACCUUUUCAUGUGGAAACGUGACGGAUCCAGUCUCCUUCAGCGCUUCAAACAGAACAAAACCGACCCAAACGAAUACGUUUUCACUCCAACCACUGUGUAUUCAUGCUGGGAGGACAGGAGGAAGGAUGAGUACUUCGAAGUGAAGACCAAAUCAGCCAGCGGCGGAGAUGGACUUGUGACGAUUGUGGACAAAGAGGAGUUCGCCAAAUUUAUCGAACAGUCCAAGACGUAUGAGAAGCCAGAGUCCGAGGAUGAAAAUGAGGAAGAGGGCGAAGGGGGUGACAAUUCCGAGGACGAAGAAGAAGGCGAGGAGGACAACUCCGAUGAAGAGGAGAGCUAAACUAUUCCUCCCUCAAUUUAUGCGAGAGAGCAUUCAACACACACACACAUCUUUUUAAUCACUUAAGAAAAGCGACACAUUUGAUGGUCCAGAACUUCUUUUUCCAGGUAAAAUCCUUCUUUUUUUCCAAAUAUUCCUACUCUUUUAUUUUCUAUAAUUUGUAUUAUGUGAUUAAACAUUUAUUCCUCUGACAAAUAUAUCCCAAAAAAAAAGAAAAGAAGGUAAAAGAAAUAUUGAAGAAUGCAAAUUUGACAAUUGAUGUUUACUUUUUAAAAAAAAAAAACUUUAAUAGGAAGUUCGUUUUUUUUUUUAAUUAGGUAGAACCUUCCAUUUAAAUCCAACAAUCAUCCAAUCCAACAAAGAUUGUCCAUAUUUUUCCCCUUUUGUCAUGAAAUUCAAAUAUUAAAUAGUAAUUGAAAGAAAUUAACAAUGCUAUCAGUGUAAUACUGCAAAUGUACGUCAAAAUGGAUAAGAAUAAAACCGUUUCUGAACAA